AUUUUAAAAAAUUUUCGUUUGAAAGACGUUAUCUCAAGAAACAAUAACCGAGAAUUUGUUUAAUUUUGUAAUAUAGAAACAUUUUUAUUUUAAAACUACAAGUCGACCCAGUUAUUAACUGCUGAUCAUUUCAACAUUAUUGAUACCGAUGUAUUUUUAAGUUCAACGUCAUUAAUUAUUUUAGUUGGCACGCGGUAGUCUUCAAGUGUCGUUUACAUCGCAUUUUACUUCAAAUAAUAUCAAGAUUCCACACUACAAGAUGGAUGAUUUUCUCAAAAUUGAGAAAAUCGGUGAAGGUACCUACGGUGUAGUGUACAAAGGUAAAAAUAAAAUCACAGGUCAAUUUGUAGCCAUGAAAAAAAUUCGUUUGGAAUCUGAAGAUGAAGGCAUACCGUCAACGGCUAUAAGAGAAAUAUCAUUGCUGAAGGAAUUGAACCAUCCGAACAUUGUAAAACUAGAAGAUGUUCUAAUGGAAGAGUCCCGCCUUUAUCUUAUUUUUGAAUUUCUCUCUAUGGAUCUGAAGAAAUACAUGGAUUCCCUGGGUUCGGGGAAGUUUAUGGACCCAGCGGUGGUGAAGAGCUACUUGUAUCAGAUAAACAAUGCAAUACUGUAUUGCCAUCAGCGACGUAUCCUGCAUAGAGAUCUCAAACCUCAGAACUUGCUUAUAGAUAAGACUGGUAUUAUUAAGGUAGCUGAUUUUGGACUGGGUCGUGCAUUUGGUGUACCAGUUCGUGUGUACACUCAUGAAGUGGUCACUCUCUGGUAUAGAGCACCAGAAGUACUACUAGGUAGUCAAAGAUAUUCAUGCCCUAUAGACAUUUGGUCUGUGGGCUGCAUAUUUUCUGAAAUGUCAUCAAAAAAACCCCUGUUCCAAGGGGACUCGGAGAUUGAUCAACUCUUCCGCAUCUUCAGGAUGCUACGCACCCCUACAGAGGAGAUCUGGCCAGGUGUGUCUUCUCUGCCCGACUACAAACCCACCUUCCCUAACUGGAAUACAUUUAAUCUCCACAACCAUGUACAAAACCUGGACGAAGUUGGAAUGGAUCUCCUACAGAAGAUGUUAAUAUACGAUCCAGUGAAGCGUAUAUCCGCGAAGGAUGCUCGUCGUCACCGAUACUUCCGUGGCGUGAAGCUACCGUCCGGGCUGACUAUUGACUCGGCCUACAUCUGCUACGUAUCGGAGGACUCGCCAGACUCCGACGGUACCGCGCAGUGCGUUUAGUCAAUACACACGUCCCGACUGACCACUUAGUUAUUAAGUCUUGAGUCUACACUUUAUUCCAUAUCAGGACAGUAAGACUUUCACACAUACAUGAAUCGUGAAUUCAUACAAAUCUCUUUUAGUUAAAAAAAAAAAAAAACUUAAUAAUACUUUUUUAUUGAAGUAAACUUAAUUAUAAGUAUUUUUAAUAUUGAUUUUAUAUGAUUCGCCCAUUCAAAAUGCAGUUUUCAUUACUCACACACUCAUGUUCGCGAAAAAUUAUUAAAAAGACGAAUCUGUGUAAAAUUUCACGAUUACAGCUUUUUUCGUUUUUCAAUCCACAAUUAGUGUUUCUAUACUUUAAGUAGCUGAUGUAUGUUGAUUGUUGAGUGUGUACUCGAUUGAGAGCACUUGGGUCUAUAUAUGUCUUGUGUUAAACUGCUAAACUCAAUUUUACAGAAUCUACAUGCAUUAUAUUGGUUAGAUCGGUGAUUUGACAAUUCAUAAUGUCACGAUUCUAAUUUAUUUGUGAAAGUCUAUUCGUAAUAUAUGAAUUUAUAGCUAAAUAUCAAUGACAAAUGUGUGUGAACGACUGGUAAUCGUAUGGGCAGGUACAAACAUUCUUAUUAUAAAAAAUAAUUGCUCCAAGCGAUUCUUUGGACAUAUAUUUGAACCGACAACAAUUUUGCAACAAUAUUUAUGUGUUGUAGUUGCCGCCCUCUUUUAUGUCUGAUAUUAUGAUUUAAGAUAGAAUAUUGAAUAGAUUCAAAAACCAACGUUUACGUGAGUUGCGCGCAUAGUAGUCCAAUAUCCAAUGACUUACAAUUGCAAACAAGCCAUUUGUUAGUCAGACUCCAAAAAUUUCUAGUAUAUAAGUCUGCAUAUAAGCUGCCAUAAAAUUUGCUCAUAUAGUCGCCAAUAUAGAAUGUAUAUCGUUAUUGUAAUUUGUCGGAUGUGAAAAGAAUUGAUUUUAUUAAGGCAAUAUUCCAUAUUAAACUAUGAUGCAAAAGAUUGUGUCAGGGACUGAUAUUUACAUAUGGCUUGCUUAUUUGUUCUCAUUAUAAUAAAUAUUAAAAUGCAAGGGAAUGUAGGUUUUGUUAAAAAUAGACAAAUUAUUCUAUAUAAUGUUCCUGAAAAUAAUUUACAUUAAAAUUCUAAGACAUUGAAAUUAAUUCACAUAAUCACACAAUUUUCUUGCAAUUAUAUCAAAUACUGAUUAAAACCUACAAUAUUCAUAUUUUUUACAGAUAUUGAUUGUAUUCUACUUUAUAGACAUGAUUUAGUUAGUGAUUGCUUCGAAAUGAUCAAAUGAGAUAAUAAACCUCAACAAAACUUAUGUGUAUCUUCGAAGCUAGAACAUUUAGGCAAUAGUAAGACUGCUUUGUUAAUUGAAAUGAGGCGAAGAGAAUCUUAUGAUUGAUGCACAAGGGUUACUAUUGCUUGGGUGACUAUAUACUAUAUAUAUAUACGAAGAAUUUUUAAAACAUAUCUAGUGUCCAAUUCGAUUCUUUGUGUCAAAAAUAUGUUCAUCAAAAGAUAGAAGCCCAUAUGUAGUCAUUCCAAUAGUUAAUAUCAAUAUUUUUUCACUAUAUCGAAUCUCUUUGGUGCUGUCUGAGAUUCCAUUUUCAAUCACAAGCUGAUCAAAAUUAUAAAUAUAGUAAUGACUUAAAAUAUAUUUUAAAUAGAAUAGUUUAAGCAUCGAGAAGUGACUGGCAUUAUACAAAAGAAUUUUAUAUGUAACCUGUGGCCUUUGAGUAUUGUAAAUAUGGUAUUUGUACUGAAAUGUUACUGUGUGGUGUAUACUAUCGACUAAAUUUUGCUAAAUUAUUUUUCGCAAUGUUGUCAAAAUGGAAUAGCCUUAGUUUUAGUGUCCUAUACCCUAAUGUAGCCUUGUUCAAUGUUUUUUUUUCUUACAUUACGUUUAUUAUAUUUGUAUAUAUAUAUAUCAUUAAAGCACCCUUCAUACAUCUUUGAGUAUGACAUACGCAACCUAAUUCGCAUUAUACAUUAAAAUGCACAAGUACAUACAUACCGUCUCUGUAUUUAUGUGUGUAAUAAAUGUAUACUGUCCUUACGUGGAUUGGAGCUCAAGUUCCUAUCUCGGAGCUAUGUGAAUGUAGCUUUAUUAUGAUUUCAUAAAUGAAUAUUUUGAAUACAUUUAAAAGAUCGAGUUAUACUCUACUAUAAUGUAAGUAAAAUUUAGUCGAAUAGUUUUCUUUUUUUCUUGUUUUCUUCUAGCCUUAUAAGGGCCCUUAGCAGUAGCUUUUAUAAAUGAAUACGCGAGUUUUAGUUUUAAUAUUUAUAAGGUGCUUCUUAUCUUCUUUGUUUUCAUACAAACUCAUGUCUGGAAUGCGAGUUUUGUUGAAACGCAGUGAAUGCACCUUCAUAAGAGGCGACGCUUGAUAUGCUUCUCGUAAACUUAGAUAAUAAUAAAUUGACAUCCCACAGCUGGCUACGGAAAUAUUGGUAUAAAGGCGGGCCUUUAGCGUACAUUAUGAGAGCGCAAAAUGAAAUUCUUCUUUAUUUAAAACUUUAUUCGCUGAAUGUAACCAUAAUAAUAAUUGUACCGGUAUGUCAGCGUCUGUUUAUUGUGAUUGUCAACUAUUUCAUUAAGAUUAUAUUUGUUCACUGCGUUUAUAGUGUGUUCUAUAUUUGUUCUUUGUGAUUUAUUUGUUCGUAUUUAAACGGUAUGAUUUAUUAAUGAAAUGCAUUUAAUUAUAAUUCAUUAUAACUCGAGUAAGAUUUAAUUGAUUUAAUUUAGUAGCUAGUUUAAUUUGUAAUAUAUGAUUAUUUUUAGUAA